UUUGCUGAGUUGUUGCUCAGGAGCUUAGAGUCAGCUGUGUCCAGUUUGAGUUCCAGCUGGUGAAGACUGGUUAAGACCACCCACCCUCUAACUGCGCGUGCUCAUACCCUGAAGCGCCUUUGACUUGUGCCUGCGUAGAAUGAAGAUCGCCUCCCCUUUUUCUUGUCUCCAGUCGCUUUACCCGUGAUCCCCAUACCCCAGCCCCCUCGCCUUUGGGGAGAUGGCUUUGAGACUUAUUCUUCUGUCUUCUUGCUUGGCUGCUGCGUGGAUAAGUCCUUUCUUUCUCUGUCGCAAACCCUGGCGUCUCAGCAUUUGCAGUGCUGGUUGUGGGGCAAACGAACCUGGUUCGAACCAUGGAUGCCUCGUUGGUCCGUUCUGACGGAGCGGCCAAGAAGGGGAGUGACUCAGAUGACCUUAUGGCGGUGAUAUGUGACGCCACCGUCUCUGGAAGAACCAUGGAUGCCUCGUUGGUCCGUUCUGACGGAGCGGCCAAGAAGGGGAGUGACUCAGAUGACCUUAUGGCGGUGAUAUGUGACGCCACCGUCUCUGGAAGUUGUGAUCCAGAUGACGUUACAAUAGUGAUUUGCGACGCAACCGUCUCUGGAAGUGUUGCCCUCGAUGAAUUGACGGAAGUAAUAACCUCUGAAGAAUUCUCCACCGCAAGCACUGUCUUGAGUGAACUGACAACAGGGAUGCCUGAUGGACCCACUACUGAAACCAAAAGUAUCCUGAAACAACUCUCUAAGCUCGACAAUGGUGUGGAUGACGCUGACAUUCUCAAUUCAAGCAGCACCAUUAGGAGAAUUGUGCACCUGAUUGUAUCAUCCUUCACUUUCAGAAUAUUUGGGAUUUUGCUGAUCUUUGUGGAUGUCUUCCUCAUUGUUACAGACCUCCUGGCCACUGACAGCACACACUCUAUUCCUAUCGAAUAUCGUUCAAUUUCUUUAGCUAUUGCUAUGUAUUUCUUGAUGGAAGUUUGUCUUCGAGUAUUUAUAGACGGGAUACGACCGUAUUUUUCUGAUAUAUUUAACUUCUUAGAUGCUGCUGUUAUUGUGGUGACUCUUCUGGUUGAUAUCGUUUAUAUUUUCUAUGACUUUAAGAGUCUUAAAGAUAUCUCCAAAUUGACGUUUUUUUUCCGACCUCUACGACUUAAUCUGUUAAGAGUUUUUCAUCUGGUUCAUCAAAAGAAACAUCUUGAAAUAUUGGCCAGAAGAGUGGUUUCGGAAAACAAAAGGCGAUAUAAGAAGAAUGGAUUCGACUUAGACCUCACUUAUGUUACUGACCGAGUUAUUGCCAUGUCAUUCCCAUCUUCUGGAAAGCAGUCUCUCUAUAGGAAUCCCAUUGAGGAAGUUGUGCGGUUCCUGGAUACCAAGCAUCAAAACCACUAUCAAGUCUACAAUCUCUGCAGUGAAAAUGCUUACGAUCCUAAGAACUUCCAUCAUCGGGUCCAACGAUACAUGAUUGAUGAUCACAACGUCCCCACUCUCAGUGAGAUGCUGGCCUUCUCCAAGAAUGUGCAAGAGUGGAUGGCUCAAGAUGAGGAAAACGUCAUUGCAGUUCACUGCAAAGGAGGCAAAGGAAGAACGGGAACAAUGAUUUGUGCCUACCUUCUUGCCAGUGAAAUAUUUACAACUGCAGAGGCCAGCUGUUAUUAUUUUGGAGAAAGACGAACAGAUAAAUCCACCAGCAGCAAAUUUCAGGGAAUAGAAACUCCUUCUCAGAAUAGAUUUGUUGGAUAUUUUGCAAAGGUGAAAAAUAGCUUCAACAUGACUCUUCCUCUCCGGAAAAUCCUCACGAUUAAAAAAAUCAUUAUUUAUUCAAUUCAUGGCAAUGGAAAUGAUCUAAAAGUACAGAUAAUAAUGCAACAAAAGACUGUCUUUUCCGGUUCUGCUUCACAAAACUGCAGGAUGGUUCAUGAUGCUGAAACGGACAGAGUAAUAUUUAAUCUACUCAGCUGUCCCCCUCUGUACGAUGAGGUUAAAGUCAAAUUUCUCUCUUCGAAUCUGCCUAAAUACUACGACAACUGUCCAUUUUUCUUUUGGUUCCACACGUCUUUUAUACAGAAUAACAGGCUUUAUCUUCCAAGAAGUGAACUGGACAAUCCCCAUAAACCAAGAGCAUGGAAAAUUUACCGUCCAGACUUUGCAGUUGAGGUACAUUUUGAUGAAGUUGUAGCUGGUAUCUAAAUAAGUUUCCCCUCCCGUAUCUUGUUCUCCCCAAUCCUUGCUCCAUUUCCAUGUCCUUUAAACCUAUUUCCCUGCGGAUAUAUGUACAUAUGUUUUUGAGAAAUCUAUUAAAUAUACAGAAAAGAAACGAUCAGUGGUAAUUUUUUGAAGGUAUACACAUCAAAGUUUUCAUCUAUAUUAAGAUACACUUGAAACAGUACACAGGACAUUAGUUAUUUAUCACUUUUAAAAACUUAGAAAUAAAACUUUCAUAUCAAAAUAACCGGGAUAUUUAAAAACUGUGAUCUU